CCCGGACUCCCCCACUACCGCUUUUCUCGAUCGCGGAAGCCGAGAGAGCGUGAGAUACAGAGAGAUGGCAACGAUCAAGUGCAUCAAAGCGCGGCAGAUCUUCGACAGUCGUGGAAACCCUACCGUCGAGGUGGAUUGUUGUCUCACUGAUGGCAGUUUUGCCAGGGCUGCCGUCCCCAGUGGCGCCUCAACAGGUAUAUAUGAAGCUCUGGAAUUGAGAGAUGGAGGUUCAGACUAUCUUGGGAAAGGUGUCCUUAAGGCUGUUGGGCAUGUGAAUACUAUCAUUGCACCAGCUUUAAUUGGCAAGGACCCCACACAGCAGGCUGAGGUUGAUAAUUUUAUGGUGCAACAGCUUGAUGGAACCUCUAAUGAGUGGGGAUGGUGCAAGCAGAAGCUUGGUGCGAAUGCUAUACUGGCUGUAUCACUUGCUGUAUGCAAAGCGGGAGCUAGUGUGAAGAAGAUCCCUCUUUAUCAGCAUAUUGCCAACCUUGCUGGAAACAAGAACUUAGUUUUGCCUGUACCUGCAUUUAAUGUUAUUAAUGGAGGAUCACAUGCAGGAAAUAAGCUUGCUAUGCAGGAGUUCAUGAUCCUUCCUGUUGGGGCUUCUUCAUUCAAGGAAGCCAUGAAGAUGGGGGUAGAAGUAUAUCAUCAUUUGAAGGCUGUGAUUAAGAAAAAGUACGGGCAGGAUGCUACUAAUGUUGGGGAUGAAGGUGGCUUUGCUCCAAACAUUCAGGAAAACAAAGAGGGCCUUGAACUGCUGAAGACAGCUAUAGCGAAAGCUGGAUAUACUGGCAAAGUUGUGAUUGGGAUGGAUGUUGCUGCUUCAGAGUUUUAUAAUGACAAGGACAAGACGUAUGAUCUUAAUUUCAAAGAGGAGAAUAAUGAUGGUUCCCAGAAAAUAUCAGGAGAUAGUUUGAAAAAUGUUUACAAGUCCUUUGUAUGUGAGUACCCUAUAGUAUCAAUAGAAGACCCGUUUGAUCAGGAUGAUUGGGCCCACUAUGCUAAGUUGACUGAGGAGAUAGGGCAGCAGGUGCAAAUUGUUGGAGAUGAUCUUCUUGUCACAAACCCCACGCGGGUUGCCAAGGCAAUAAAUGAAAAGACAUGCAAUGCCCUUCUUUUGAAGGUAAAUCAAAUAGGUUCUGUGACUGAAAGUAUUGAAGCUGUUAAAAUGUCGAAACGUGCUGGCUGGGGUGUAAUGGCGAGCCACCGGAGCGGUGAAACAGAGGAUGCCUUCAUUGCUGACCUCUCAGUGGGUUUGGCAACGGGCCAGAUCAAGACUGGAGCUCCAUGCCGUUCGGAACGCCUUGCCAAGUACAACCAGCUGCUUAGGAUUGAGGAAGAGCUUGGUGCCGCCGGAGUGUAUGCAGGAGCCAAAUUCAGGGCACCUGUAGAGCCUUACUAGAUAGGGCUAGCAGACGAGCUGCUCUUUUGAGAAGCCUUACUUUUGUGGCCUUCACUUUGUCGAAAUCAAGUGUUUUGCUGUGUGUUCAAGCAGAGAUUAGAAUAAAUGAUUCUUCUGCUUUAAUUGUAGUCUAACAUGCUAGACAUGGUCGGUGCAAUGUUGUGGGUCUACUGCAUCCCUUUCGUUUGGAUUUUGGUUUUCCAUCAGGGUGCAUCAGUGGUCAGGUAAUGGUGAGUAAAUUAAAGUAUCUUGCUUUAUGUUGAGCUGUAACUGUUUGACUUGCGAUGCUCUUUUGUUCAUGCUACCAAUAUGCUAAAGACCAACACAGUUUUAAUUGGUAGCUGAAUGGUCUG